UGAAAUGAAAGUUUACUUCCUCCUUGUGGAUACCUCAUGUGACAAGUUCCAAUUUCUUCUCAAAGUCGAUUUAACUGAAGUCUCUUUGCUGCCGCUGAAAUCUUUGGAGCAAGCCCACCUUCAAGCCUUCUUAGUUUGGGGGUGCCUGCCGGUUCCAUCAUGACGCACUGGCUGCUUUGGGCGCUCCUGGCGUGCUCCUGUGCAGCAGCGCAGCUGCACAGAGACCCCACUCUGGAUAAUCACUGGGAUCUCUGGAAGAAAACCUAUGGCAAACAGUACAAGGAAAAGAAUGAGGAAGUAGCGCGGCGUCUCAUCUGGGAAAGGAAUCUAAAAUUUGUGAUGCUUCACAAUCUGGAGCAUUCGAUGGGAAUGCAUUCAUAUGAUCUAGGCAUGAACCACCUAGGAGACAUGACCAGUGAAGAAGUGACGUCUCUGAUGAGUUCCCUGAGAGUUCCCAGCCAAUGGCAGAGAAAUGUGACUUACAAGUCAAACCCUAAUCAGAAAUUGCCUGAUUCUCUGGACUGGAGAGAGAAGGGGUGUGUUACUGAAGUGAAAUAUCAGGGUUCUUGUGGUGCUUGUUGGGCUUUCAGUGCUGUGGGGGCCCUGGAAGCACAGCUGAAGUUGAAAACAGGAAACCUGGUGUCUCUGAGUGCACAGAACCUGGUGGAUUGCUCAACUGAAAAAUACAGCAAUAAAGGCUGCAAUGGUGGCUUCAUGACAGCGGCUUUCCAAUAUAUCAUCGAUAACAACGGCAUCGAUUCAGACGCUUCCUAUCCCUACAAAGCCAUGGAUGGAAAAUGCCGAUAUGACUCAAAAAACCGAGCUGCCACAUGUUCAAAGUAUACCGAACUUCCCUUUGGCAGUGAAGAUGACUUGAAAGAAGCUGUGGCCAAUAAAGGGCCUGUUUCUGUUGCUAUAGAUGCAAGUCAUCCUUCUUUCUUCCUCUACAAAAGUGGUGUCUACUACGACCCAUCCUGUACUCAGAAUGUGAAUCACGGUGUCCUAGUAGUUGGCUAUGGGAACCUUAAUGGGAAAGACUACUGGCUUGUGAAAAACAGCUGGGGAAUCAACUUUGGUGACAAAGGAUAUAUUCGGAUGGCAAGAAAUAGUGGAAAUCAUUGUGGGAUUGCUAAUUAUUGCUCUUACCCAGAAAUCUAGAGGAUCUCUUCAUUUUAUAACAAGUCAAUAAAGAUAAAGCACUUUCUCUUAAACUAAUUUUACCUGCUGGGACUAGUAGAAAUGUGUGUCAUAAUCAGUGUAUAUUUAUUGUACUAAUAUAAAAUAUAGUUUGAUUCAUCUUUCUUUAACUUUGCAGAUCUCGGAAAACUUUUGCCAAGUAAAUUAAUAACAUCUUAUAGAUAUAACUGUAUGAGAAUUGGUCAGCAUGAGAUAAUCUGUCAUUGUCUUAUUUUACAUACUUGUUUAAGUCCCCUAAUAUGCUUUUGUAACUUGAUGGCAUAUAAAUGCUUAAUAAAUAUGUGUCCUUUCAACUUUG